AUGCAUAUCCUCAUCACUGGAGCUGCCGGUUUCAUCGGCCAAUUGCUUGCAAAGGAGCUGUUGAAUGACCCAGCCUAUCGCGUCACAUUGACCGAUAUACAUCAACCCCCGAUUCCCGCCGGCGUUCGCUAUCCCCAAUCCGCAACGGCAAUCAAGGCCGAUCUCUUGACAGGAGCCAAAGACAUUGUCGAUUCUUCUUUAGACGCCGUCUAUGCCUUCCAUGGCAUCAUGUCGUCCGGCUCCGAGGCCAACUUCGAUCUGGGGAUGAGUGUCAACAUCGAUGCAACCCGCAACCUGCUCGAGGCGCUCCGACACACCUGCCCAGGAGUGAGGGUCAUAUAUUCGUCCAGUCAAGCCGUAUAUGGCCAACCGUUGCCAGAGAUUGUGACCGACAGCGUGAUCCCAACUCCAGAGUCCUCCUACGGUGCCGAGAAGAUCGUGUGCGAAACGCUGGUUAACGAAUACACUCGCCGCAAGUUCAUUACUGGCUUCACCUUGCGAUUCCCUACCAUCUCCGUGCGACCGGGUGCGCCUACUGCUGCAGCUUCAUCAUUCCUCUCCGGCAUGAUCCGGGAACCCCUCGACGGCAAGAAAUGUGUGAUUCCCAUUGAAGACCGGCAGUUCAAGUCGUGGCUAUGCUCGCCCAAGACCCUUGUGGAAAAUCUCCUUCUCACUCUCCGUCUCCCUGCCGACUCUGUUCCCCCGCACAUUCGCCAGAUUAAUGUGCCUGGGAUCUGCGUCACGGUUCAGGGCAUGAUGGAUGCAUUAGAAGCAGUGGGCGGCACAGAUAAGCUAGCCCUACUUACAGAGAAGGAGGACCCUGCGCUGAUCCCAAUUUUGAAGUCAUGGCCGACGCAGUUUGAUAACACUCAAGCCAUAUCCUUGGGGUUCAAACGCGACGAGUCUUUUGAGCAGACCGUGCGGGAUUAUAGGCAGUCAUUGGCACAAUAA